CAAAUCUCAAUGUUCUGGCCUUAUGUUACGGGGGCUAUGGGCAAACUAAUAAAAGGCUUCAGUCACAGUAUUCAAAACAAAUUUGAGUGUUCCGAGAGGAGAUGUCUAAGCUGUCUUUGUCACUGUCAACUGUCGAUCAAGUUUAUCAAAUAGAAACAAACUGCAGAAAAUGAGAAAUAGAAAAUAAAUUUUCAUUUGCUAAUUACGUAGUUUUGACUAAAGAUAAUAAAUAUCUUUUGAAUAGUGUUUAAUGAUUAGUAAGUAGAAAAUAUGGCCGACGAAAAUUCUUGGAGGACGGCUACUUUUCGACAAAGUGUAGUCGCAAAAAUUGAAGAAGCUAUUCGUCAGUCUGGAAUGAACACCUCUAGAAACAGUAUAGAAAUGGAAAAUCAUGUCUUCUUAAAAGCCAAGAAUAAAGAGGAAUACCUCGGAUUUGUGGCCAGGUUAAUCUUACAUGUUAGAGAAAUGAAACCCAAACCAGGAGGAGGAAUGCCUGUUCCUGGACAAGGACAGGGAGGGCCUGGUAUGCCUGAUCCUAUCAAUGCUCUCCAAAACUUGGCCAGCCAAGGCACCAGAAAUUCCAUUAUGACAAUGGGUCCACAAACGGCACAAAUGGGAGGGCCUCAACAAGCACCUGCUACUAAUUUGCUACAGACCUUAAACAGGGGACCAGGACAACAAAUGAUGAUGGGUGUGAUGACUGGAAAUAUGCCCAUGCAGGACAGACAAAACAUCAAUAUGCCACCAAACGGAGGCCAAAUGGCCAACAACCAGAUGAACAACCAAAUGGCGAAUCAAAUAAGGCUCCAACAAAUGCAAAACAACCCAUUGAACCAGAUGGGCGGCCAUUUGGGUGGACCUUUACAGAAUGCGGUUCAAAACCAAAUGGGCAACCAAAUGGCAGGGCAAAUGCCCGGACAGUUACCAGGGCAGAUGCAGAUGGCCAGCAGCAUGGCGAAUCAGAUACAAAAUCAAAUGAUAGGUGGAAUGGCCCAGCUACCGCAACAGAAAUCCCAACAGAUGAUAAUAAACCAAAUCAACCCAAACUUCCCCAGGCAACCCACUCCCAAUCAAAUCUUCAACCAGAGUCCCUCUCCUUCCGUCCAGUCUCCAGCAGGUUUGGGCAGCCAACCCCCCGUAGCGUCUCCCGCUUUAGCUUCAUCCCCUGGUGCUCAGAUGAACAUGAUAGGAAGCGUUGGACCUCCUAGAUCAGUAGGAAUGGCUCCUAGCCCUGGAAGCACCUUGAACACUCCGGGCCAACCGAAUCAGAGUCCGAUGGCAGGAGGGGCUAUGCCCGAUGAACAGGCUUAUAGAGAAAAGGUCAGGCAGUUGAGUAAAUACAUCGAACCUCUAAGAAAAAUGAUAGCGAAGCUGGGAAAUGAAGAUGUCGAAAAAAUGAGCAAGAUGAAGAAACUACUCGAAAUCCUCACGAGUCCCCACCAAAGAACCCCUUUGGAUACAUUGCUGAAGUGCGAAAUCGUCUUGGAAAAGAUCGGUUGCAGAAGGAGCGAUAGCAGCGUCCCGGCGUCGACGGCUCAGCUGCCGUUCAAAGAGCCACACGUGUUUCACGCUUUGUUGGACGCCGUCAAUAGCAACCUGCAAAGUCCCGUUAUUAAUCACACCCUACACCGAACCUUCGGACCGCCGCUGGAUGCUCUGUUUGGACCAGAAAUUAAUUCUUUCAGGUUGGUACCACCAUUGAAGAAAAUGAAACUCGAGGAACCAACCAGCGACAUUGCCGACGUCCUCCAAGGAGAAAUAGCCCGCCUCGACCAGCGAUUCAAGGUAUCUUUGUGCCCCAACCAGCAACCAGGCUCCAAAUCAAUCCAGCUCAUAUGCUGGCUGGACGAUAAGCACCUCCCGUGCGUUCCGCCCGUGUCUCUGGUAGUACCGGAAGAUUACCCAAAGACUUCUCCUACUUGCCACAUGGCUCCGCACGAGUACAACGCCACACAGUUCUUGUCUGCCGUGCAGACGGCUCUGCUGGCAAGGAUUAAGAAGCUGCCGAAGCAUUUUUCGGUGACGCAGCUACUGGAUACGUGGGAGAUGAGUGUCAGACAGGCGUCGGCCCCCACGCAGGUGCCGGUGACGCCUAUAACUAUCAUGAUGGGGUUGUAAGUUUGUGCGAUAUAGGGGAGUGUAUAUAGAUUUUCUCUUCGGAAAAAAUCAAACAAGAUAGAACUUUUUGUAAUUUCAUUAAGAAAUGUUUAAUAAACAACAUAUCAAAAAGUUCUACUCGAGAAGUGGGUGCUUCGUUUUUUAUUAAACAAAUGAAUUGCGAAAUUAGAUGUUUUUUUAAUAACUCCGAAAAUAUAAACUUUAGAAAAAACUGACUUACCAUUGCAAAAUUCAGAAAAUUUUACAAAAAAUCCUUAUUUAAAGAUUUUUCUAAAAUUAAAUCUGUAGCUUCUCUUCUUUUUAUUUUUAACGCUAAAGUCACCCUUCUCACAAACAUUGGCGCACUGUAAAUUAGCGUACGGCGAAGUGCACGGUUGAGUUAUUUUAAUGUAAUUCUUUAACUAAUCGAUCAAAUGAAAUUUUCCAAAUUGGACAUGAAAGAAGAAUAAUUAAGCUAUUUUAUGGUUAUAAUGAAAAGAAAUAAAAUUUAUGGGCAUAAGUACGGUGUGGGCUGAAAGUGAGACUUACAUGAAUUUUGUUUAAAAAUGAUUUGAAAAUGUGUAACUAAUACAAUUUUUCUUAUAAAACUCUAAAUUUUGCACAACUUACCUUUCAAACAUCUUACUAAACAA